AUGGUUGCAGACGAGAAACUAGCCCCUGUGAUGGAUCGGUUCACCGAGAAGGUGAAGGAGGGAGAAUACUACGAAGCACACCAGACCCUACGGACUGUGGCAAAUAGGUACGUACGGGGCAAGAAGUGGCCGCAGGCUAUUGACCUCAUAACGCAUGGAAUACACACAUUAAUGGGCGUGGGACAGUCCUCUUCGGUGGUGGACCUGACCAGAUACUUGCUGGAAGUCUACGAACAGGGCAAUGUGGAGUGCACGGAAGAGAACGUCGGGAGGCUGGUGAAGAUCCUCGUCGGGCUUGAGCUGGAGGACCCGGACCUGCGGGACGUGUGCACCGGGAUGAACAAUUGGUCGGUGCGGCACGGACGCUACACAUACGGAGACCCAUACCUGCACUCGGUCAUCGGGAAGCGGCUACUCGAGGCGGGGUACCUGGUGGAGGCAGAGCGGUACUUCGUGCUGGGAAACAGAGACUCACUUGAAGAGUACGUUAACUGGCUGUGGGACUGGUACCAGCAACUGCAGCAGCCUGCGGUGGUGGGCGAGUUUCUCGGGCGCCUGGUGUUCGGGUACCUCGGCGUAGGGAACCUCAAGAACGCCUACGAUGCAUCCGGGCGCUUCCUCGCGCGCUACAUCGAGCACGAGGCGCCCAAGCACGAGCGCGUGGAGAAGGGGUACGCCGAGCUGUAUCUAUUUGAGGAGCACCCGGACCUGAACUUCCUGCAGCUGCUGCUGAUCGCGUGCCAGGCCGGCAAGCCAGAGUUCCUCACAUCGCUCAAGUCGCAGUACCCGCAGCAGGCGCAGAAACACGAGCAGUCCCUGGUACAGCUGGGGAAGGAGUUCUUCAACGUCGCGCCAAAACGCCAAGUGCCCCUGCUACAGGAUUUGAUGGCAGACUUUUUCGACGGCGCUUAA